AUGGCAGAUCCAUCCGCUCCACGGGAGCCUGAGGUCACGCAUCGCAAGGUCUCUGAGCUGCCGGCGGAGCUUGCAGGCAAGGAGCAAGAAGCGACGGCGUGCUACCCUGACUUCGCCAUGUUCGACGAGAAGAAGAGAUAUCCGCUUGGCCCUAUUCACUCGGGCACAAACAUGUAUCGCGGGAGUGAUUCUCCGUCGUUCCGAUUUGGUGGUGGGGAGAACUCACAGCCAGCCAGGCAGUGGCGGUCUGCCACAGUCUGCAUUCGCGACCAGGAGGGAAAUGUGACAGGUACGAUCGGAUAUCCAUCGCGCUCGUCGCGCAAGCAAGCGUUCCCGGAUGGGUAUCACAACACUGCGCAGUUCAAAGUCAUCGAAAACACCCAGCGACCCUGGAUUUCCCUCAAGAUCAUUCUGGAGCGAAAGAAGUCGGGCGUUCCCCUACGCAAGGUAUACUGGCAAUGCUUCGCGGACAGUCUAAAGCGCUCGCCCGAUGACGUUGGCAUCGCCUUCGCCAUGGCCAACGACAAAGCAGUCGCUCAGUCACUAGCUGGAGUCAAUCAUAGCCCUGUGCAAGCACUUUCGGAAGCUCGCAACUUAUGGCUAACCCAUCUCACUCUGGAAUACUCUCACGACUCCUCUGCGGGAGGUGCUCACGGCUCACCGGCUUGGACGAACAUUACGCCUGAAGAGAUUCGGUCAGCACGGGAAUCUCUGAGAAUGGGAGAGCGCCUGUCCGCCGGCAUGCAGUUCGUCGUGCAUCUUUCCACGGCCUCGGCAUUGUCAAUUUACACUGAGCUAGGCAAAGGGGCUGAACCAUUCGCCCGUCCCUACUUUGACUUUGUCAAGCCAUUGUUCUACCUGACUGCAAAUCUCGGCUCGAACUGGUACUAUCGUCUCGCUGUCCCUGACGUCGAUAUACACAGCGAGGACUACCCGUUUUCCGAUGUGCCACCUCCGCGUUGGCUCGUCACGCAAUGGUCUGUCAAAUAUGUCGACAAGGCGCCGGUCGAAGCAACUCCGACGCGAUGGGCGUCGCUUUCUGAGCUGAGCGAUGGAUGCUAUCCAGACUCAGACACACUCGCCUGUGAGCGUCACCUAGCGGCUGCGCAUGAUCGCGCACAACGUGGCUCCAGGGGACGUGGAGGAGGACUUGAACUUCGUGGCCGUGGAAAGUUCAAGGGGUGA